AUGCCCGUGCCGCCUGAGCCGCCGCCGCGACGGCGUCCAGCUCAGCCAGUGCCGCGCGGGAACCGUUCAUCUUCCAAUUGCGCCCGCCACCAGUUUGCGCCGUGCCAUUUCAGGGCCCCUAUAAGUCGACUGUUAUACGCGUUCAACAUCGAUAGCGGAUCGCGCGCGCGGCACAAGCGAUGCGGGCGCGCGUCCCCAAAAGCACGUGCCUUCUUCCGCCGGAUCAUCAAUUCCAAGGCCGGCGUCAUCGACCUUCAUCGUGCUGGGCGUCAUCGCGAUCGCCCUUUGCCGCCGGUGACGUGUCCAAUAUCGCGGGAUGGCCGGCGGCCUGACCGGCUCGGACCGUGGGGAAAGUCGGCAGCGCGAAGAACGAGGUCGCCGCCUAUCGCCCGGGAACAGCCGACCUCGACAUGGCGCAGUUCAUCGCCGCCGGCGGGUUCAGGGCGUGUUGCAGCGCGAAGUGACCGGCCUGUCGCUCGAACAGUUUGGCAAGGACCGUGGUAUGGUCGUCUCCCCGCCGACUGGUCGAUGGUCAGAUCGCCUCGAUCCUGGCGUUCCGCGGCCCCAAUGGCCAGUUUCGACCCGGCGCUCUAUCAACAGCUUCUGGCGCAACGGAAGAUGACCGACGCGCAGGUCCGCACGGACCUGCAGCGCACGCUGUUCACACAGCAGCUGACCGUGCGACCAUCGGUGCCACGCAGAUGGCGAGCCAGAUGGCGCUGCCUUUACGCCUCGCUGCUGCUCGAAAGCGGCAGGCGAGGUCGGCUACAUCCCGACCCGUCUGGUCAAUGCCGGCAGCGCACCGAGCGAUGCGGAUAUCCAGACCUUCUACAGCCGCAACGUCCAGCGCUAUACCCUGCCCGAGCGUCGCGUCGUGCGUUAUGCGCUGGUCACGCCGUCGGCGAUCGCGGCUCAGUCCGCGCCGACCGACGCCGAGAUCGCUCGCUAUUAUCAGACCAACGCCGCGUUACGCCGCGACCCAGAAGCGCGACGUGA